AUGGAUCGAGACACACAGGGUAUGCUCAAGUCUCCAGUGCCCUUUCUCCUAGGGCACAGCCUCUCCAGGGAUGGUAUGGACUCUUUCAGCAAGCAUUUUGAGAGCAUUAUGGAGUCCCAUCGAGCCAAAGGCACAUCUUACACCAGCCUGGACUCCAUCGACAUCCUUUCCUCCCCAGCCCGCACCCAUGGGACCAUUUUCACCUUCGACCUCCCAACCCUCACCCCAGAAGUACAGGGACAGAUCCAAGACAGCGCCAAGCUGAUCGAGGAGAACUUUGCUCCUCUGGCUCACUUGGAGCCAGACUCUGGGACCAGUUCAGCCACAGAUGCUCCGUGGACUGAGAGGGAGGAGGAGCGAGGGAGGCGAGGGAAGGGAGCCCGGCGCAGCCCUUGCUGCUCAGAGGACAGCUUUGGUACUCCCUUGGCCUCCAACAUGAGCAACCACCCCCUGAGCCAGCUGGUUUCUGACUCAGACUCGGAGAUGGACAGCAUAGAGCAGCUUGCUCUGGGCAGCACGGACACCCUCUCCAAUGGGCACAAGGCUGACCUGGAGGCUGCCAAACGCCUCGCCAAGAGGCUCUACAACCUGGAUGGAUUUAAAAAAGCAGAUGUGGCCCGCCACUUGGGGAAGAAGUACGUCAAUGAGUUCAGCAAAAUGGUGGCAGGGGAAUAUCUGAAGUUCUUCGUGUUCACGGGGAUGAGUCUGGACCAGGCUCUCAGGUCCUUUCUAAAGGAGCUGGCCUUGAUGGGAGAGACGCAAGAGCGAGAGCGAGUGCUGGCUCAUUUUUCCCAGCGUUAUUUUGAGUGUAAUCCCAAUGCCAUCUCUUCUGAGGACGGAGCCCACACACUGACCUGUGCCCUGAUGCUGCUCAACACAGAUCUUCAUGGACACAACAUCGGGAAGAGAAUGUCUUGCUCCGACUUCAUUGGCAACUUGGAGGGGCUCAAUGGAGGCAGUGACUUCCCCAAGGAGCUGCUCAAGAGUGGAGCACCACGUCCCCCUCGUGGCCCGGUCCUCGCUGUGCCCCUGCAUGGCACAGCUGCUGGCGCAAUGCAGCGAUGCCUUUCCGGCGAUCAGAUAUUGGGCCUGGAAACCAUUUUCACUAGCGCUGAAGCAUCAUCCCCUGGAGGAUCGCCCUCCGCAGGCAGGGCUGCCCAGCGCUCUGCUCAAGGAUGAGGCCAGCCCCCGGCUGGGCUCUCCAGCGGGGUAGGGAGCCGUGCCCGGGACAUACAGAGCUGCGUAUGGCAGCGCUGCAGGAUGCCCACAUCUGUAGGCCUGGAUUUUAACUCCUGUACCUGCAUGAACACACCUGCCCGACCCGCAAGGAGAGAGGCAAAGCUGGAAGAGCUAGAGCUGGUGAUAUUUUGGUUAGCCUGGGUUAGCUUUUGCUCUCCCCUUUAGCCCAGAGAUUUUUCUCCUGGGAUUUUACUGACAGUUACUAGCGGUAUGUUAUAUUCCAAAUGUGGAUUUGACCUUUACGUGAUUGAUCAAUUUGCUGAGCCUUGUAUCUUCCCUAUCUUCCUUACCCUUACAGCUUAACCUUGUCCUUUGCUGGUGGGUCUUCAGCAACACAGUAGGGCCAAACCAGACCCCAUUUCUCCCCAGCACUGCCUAGCAAUUGCAGGAAUGAGCCGAAUCUGUGCUACCUUCCAGCCAAGGAGCCUGGAGCAUUUCACAGAGUUAAUGAAAUAAACCUCACAAUGCAGUCAGAUCCCCUGGGGGAGGAAGGUGGGACCGGCCCCCACUGUACCGCUUGGAGGCACAACUGCAGAGAUCAAACGCUCAGAGUGCUGGGUAAGUGAUUAGCAGAUGUGGGAAGAAAGCCCCGUCUCCCACCUCUGAGCUAUAAUCACAGGAACGCUUGCUCGGUCUAAUCCCCCAGGAUGCUCUUUCGCCUGUGCUCUUCAGCCAAGGUUUCUCCCCAGGAGCGACACCCAGCCUUGCCCCUCUGUCUCUCGUGGCUCCCCCCGGGGCCCGCGGGCCUCGGGAGCAGCCUGCUCGUCCUGGCCCAACGUGCCCGAUGCGCGCAGCUGGGUGCCCAGGCCCCCUCCCUCGCAAGCGUUGUUCAGCAGUGGCGAUGCCAAGUGAUUACGAUGCAGUGGAAAAUUUCCCCUUCCUCACUGGCCACAUCUCCUGCUCAGUCAAGCCUAAAUAGAUUAAACAUUGAUCCUCCUGCUUCCUCCAAGGAUGCCUAGCCUGCCGGUUCUUCAGGAGCACCUGUCCACAGCAUCUAUGUCCCACCCUUAACCAGCCGGGCAGCUCUAGCUACACAUUUCCCCUUCUCCUGUCCUGACCCCAGAGAAGGGACAGGCAGGAGGGCGAAGCAUGGGACGGGCAUCGAAGAGGGAGGCUCUCUGC